AUGCAGACCUUUUACUCGCCGAUGCCACCAAGUCACAAGUCAGCCGUCGCAUCGAGAUUAGCCAACAACAGCAGCCAAAAGCCAUCAACAGUUCCCAUGCAGCAAUUCGAUAACAAGGGGCCCUGCUCACCAACGAAGCGCUUCGACAAUUUGCCGUCGGUAGGGGACGACCAGCAGCAUGAUGACCUCCUCCUCCUCAAUGACGCAGCCGCUGUCCUCCAGACGCCAAGGCGUGGACGCAGGGUGGGAGGUGUCGAGAUGGGCUGGCAGAGUCCUUCGCGCAAUGUAGACGUGAACCAGCCGACGAGCGUCACGCCAAAGAAGCGCAGCAGGUCGUCCCUUGCCGGGCCUUCAGUGCCAAGACGAUCACAAGGAGGAUCCGCCGCACGCAACACCCUCUGCGACGAUGCAGGCUAUGCAAGCGUUGCCGUUCUAGGAUCAGCAGCUGGUCAUCAUCGCAGCCCCUCGGCCGUCUCUUCUUCGCCCAGCUUUGCAGCACCACCCACCGCACCGGCACGGUACGACCACCUGGCUGCAUUCAGAGACCCUCGUCCAGAUGAAGCAGGGCCCUCUUCAGCACCGUACCGCCCUUCACAUCAAUCGCUCGUCGCCGUAGAAGUGCAAGGCAUGGGAAGAGUGGCCGUCGAGCCCCACGUUGCGGUCCAACUGGGAGCACUCAGCGAGCAAGAGGUACGAGCAUCGAUGACUUCCUCGUCAGAGGGAUCAAAGAACUCCAACGACGGCCUUUCAUCGGACAGCCAUUACUCGACGACCUCGUCCGCCACCAGCCUCGAGACGCCAUCGUGCAUCGACCCCAGCCCCAGCUUCUCCCUCGCCAGCCAUUUCCCUGCAAGCGAGGAUGGCUCGCCCUCAUUACGCAACGCAGCCAAGUUUGGUCCCGCACUCAUGCCCAGGAAGCCCAAGCUUCAGACAAGCAACGGCAAGUCAAGCGACGUCCCGCACGAGCUUCUGGAUCGCAUCAAUUCCUUCAAGGACCGCAUUCUCGCCACGCCGGCUCGCCCUUCGACAUCUGCAACCAUGCCUCUGAUAUGCGCAACAGCUCCACGUCUGGGCGGACACUCUCGCGCACUCGCACCGCGCCUCCCUCACCUUGACUGGCCCGAUUCCCCCACUGGUCCCUGGGCCGCAGCAGCCAGCCACACCAAGAAGAGUGAAGAUGCCCGCCUGGACGUGGUAAGCAGCUGGCUGGAUGUGGUAGACGACGAGUACGCCUCAGACCCCGAGCUCUCUAAGCCCAGUGUCCGCGCUCUCCACCACCACCCCAUGGUUGCCAAGGUGCUCAGGGAACGUGCCAGGAAAGAGGCAGCAGCGGCUGCGGCUGCACUGGAGGCUGCUGCACCGAAGCCGAAGAAGAGGGGCAGGAAGACCAACGCGGAGAGGGAGAGAAUUCGCCUAGAAAAGCUGGAACAAGAACGUCGCCAGGCACGUAGAGAGCAGAGGAUGUUGCUCAAGAACACCUCAUCCUCCUCAUCUCGUCGCCUGCAUGCGACAACCGGAACGCACCACACCACUCCCUCGUCUCUCAGUCACUCCGUCGUACUCAGCUCUGGCGGCGCACUGUCCGAUAUCGGCUCCACGGCCUCGUCAGUCUUGGACUGCUCGUGUGGCCUACAGGACGAAGACACGCCUAUGGUGCGCUGCGACUCGUGCCGGCGUUGGUACCAUAUGCAGUGCGCUGGAGUCGGACUCAACGAGGAAUUGGGAGAGACGUGGUAUUGUGUGGCUUGCGAGGCUGAUGAGGCUAGUCUGAUUGAGGGCUUUGGCUCGACUGUCCCCUCCUCUGCGUGGAGAAGGAGGAGUGUACUGGCCCCGGCGGACCUCUUCUCACCAGCCAGCGCAGCAGCUAUGCGCACCGGUCGAGUUCGUGGUCCCCCCUCGACUGGGGGCAGCUUCGCUUCCUCUACCACUCCAACAUUGCUCAGCGCCUCGGCCAGCCUUCCGGCCUUUCCCCGUACGUACGGCACACACGUUGGGGUCGAGACGCCCUCACUUCGCACGAGAGGCGGUGCAGCAGCAGCUGCUUCAGGCGACUCAUCCUCCAUCCCUGUGUUCACCCACCCACCCUCGGCCGGUGAAUCGCCAUCCGCCUUCGCCCUCGGAGCGGGAGCCAGAUCCGCUUCUGGCCUGCCCUUCUCUUCGGCCCUUGCACUGGCGCCGAGCCCGCAGAUGGAUGCUGCUGCGGAGGGAAUGGUUCGCCCGAUUGCUGGUAGGGCGCGAGCGAGCAGGACGGGCUGCUAUGCGGUGGAGCCCAGCUCGCCGCUUGAUAGGAAGUCGACGGCGACGAUGGCCCCCACUGCUCCUGCUACCACGGGCAGAUGGAGGACGCCAAGCUACGGUGGAAGCGGUGCAGCCAGACUCUCUCACUCCCGCGGGCGCGCAGGCAAAGCUUCGGCUUCCGCAGCUCACGAAGGCGGCAUUGUCUCCUCGGAGGAUGAACAGGACGACAACGACGACGUCUCUCGCCACGUCCAAUUCAGUCCCAGCAUCUUCACCCACUCUUCAAAAUCGGAGUGGGACCUGUCCUCGCUCCACGCGCGACGCAACAGCAAUUGGUUGCAUAAUCCGCGUCACGCAGCUCCUGCCCGCACUCCUUCCCCUACGAGGCCAUCGGCGCACCUUGUCACCACGCCCAGUCGUGGGGCGGCAAGGGACUCAGACGAUGUUUUCUCUACUCCGUCGCGACACUUGCCAGGCAGUGCCUUCUGGGGUUCAAGGAACCCGGCCGCUGCGGCUGGUAUCGGCGCCAUUGGUGGACCCUCUACGCCUGGCUCCAUGCUGGGCACGCCGCGCAACUCGGUUCAUCACCAGCAGAGCCAUGGAGCAGCGGCCGUUGGCCUGCAAACGCCCUCGCGCUCCACCCGCCGUAGAGAAUCCUCAGCUUGGGGUCUCAGCUUGGCUACCACGCCCGGCAGUGUGGGCGGGCGCGGAGUUGACUCUCAUCUUCUCGGCGUCGAGACCUCCGGCGGACUGCAUGGGGGCGCUGGAAGCAUGGUGUUCAGCAGCGUGGGCCGAGAUGGCCAACACGGCGCACUUGUGGACCUGCUUGGCGGGAUCGAUUUCCCUCAAGCCCACUGGAAUGCCGACUCUCCAGGCACUGGGAGCCCGACCUUGUCUGCUCGCAAGCCGACCACGUCGUCCCCUGCGAGGAAGAGGGACAAUGCUGCUGGCGUGAGCAUGCUGGGCUCACAGGCUUCCACCUCUUCCGUCCGCUCCACACCCACUCGCCAACAACCUCCUCGAUCAGGAGGCAGUGCAAGGAAGCACGCUCAUUUCAUCUCUGGACCGGGGGCCGAGCUGAGGUCCUCUGACUUUGACGACGAUGGAGAUGGAUUGGACGAGGACGACAAUCAGGACAUUCCGUCCAGCAGCCCAUAUCUCCGUACACCGUCGAUGGAACUGUAUCGACGCCCUUCUGGACCCAGCACCAGCGGAGGUGGAGCCCUAUCGCCUGGUUCGCCCACUCCCAACCGAAAGGCAGCAGCCGCAAAGGGGUCGACCUCCUCUACGCGUCUUGCGCCUGGACCGAUCCUCAAACAUAGCGCAGCAGCGGCCGCAAAGCAAGGAGACAAUGCCGUGGACGAGGUAUCGGCGAAUACCGCAUCGAUGAAUGCGGGCGAUGCGCGCAACCUUGGGCUUGGGUUUAACAUGGAGGAGAUCAAUGAGUAUUACGAUUUUGUGGAGUGA